CGAAUGCGCACAAACAGAGAGAGAGAGAGAGAAGAGAGAGAGAGUCUGAAGAUUUGAGGAAGGAGAGGACUCCUGCACCGCCCGGCACCCAACUCCGUCGCUGCCGCCCACCUUCGUCGCCGGUCUCUCCUCCAUCGCCGGCGACCGGCUCAGUACUGCCUGCGCCACUUCUCCGUCGCCACUAGCGCCAGGAGUGCUGUUGCGCAGCACAGCCACCGCCGCUGCCGCCGCACUGUGCAGCACCGUCACCGGUCUCCACUACCGUACCGCCGGACCGUUACCGCGACUGCCGGACCGCUACCGCGUCUUCCGGACCGCCAACUCCACCGCUGGACCGCCACCGCCCCUGCAAACAGUCAAACACAGGGAUAUACCUGCAUGAUGUCAUGUGAAGUACAAAUGUUCAGGCAGUUCUGUUCGCUGCACAUCCAGCCUUAGGUGUGGAAACAAGGUUGUUGGGGGGCCCAAUUCAAAGCAUGCUCAUCCAUCCAUAUAGAUGUAUGUAUGCAUGUAUAUAGGGGGCUUGGGCAUACAAUUGAAGGGGAUUCAUUUCUCUGAAUCAUUUCUUUAUCACCAUCCUUGGGUUCUUGUAUUCAGAAAUUGGUCAUACAAAAGAAAGGAAGGAUUGUGACUUUGCGAUUAAGCAUUAGUUGAUUACCAUCAUAUCCUUGUGACGCUAGACAACAAAGAUGAAUAAUGGCGGUGGCAGCAGUGAUGUGUCAGGAGCUGGAGGAGAAGAGGCUAAUUUGGCAUACAACUUCUCUGCCUUAGCUCUGGGUCGUAACAACAGUGAUGGCUUGUUUCAAGUCAUGAAAGCUGUUGAAGCUGCUGAGGCAACCAUUAAACAACAGGCUGACGAAAAUACAAGGUUGAGGACUGAACUUCAGAAAAAGAUUCAGGAACUUGAAAAAUAUAAAACAGACGGCUCAACAGCUCAAACCCAUAGUGUAGUUUAUCAUUGGGAUGAUCAUGCUCGAGAUACACACAGAAUUCAGCAAUUAGAUUCUGUAGUUAAUGAGGGAGAUGGGGUUAUUAGAGGGAGUGAUGCCCCGUUUCUGAAUGCUCCAUCUACUGAACAUGGUAUAUUGCGACAUAAUGAGGGUCGUGCAAUACAAACUCAUGCUGAUGGCCAAUUGGACAGCAGCAAAAUGAAUGGGACUCUGAAAGUGCUUCCUGGUGGUCAGUCACCUGUUGACACUGCUGGCUUCUCUCAAUUUUCUUCGCCAUCUGCAACAUCCUUUUCCCCUAGCAGGCAUCAAAUGGAAGGAGAAAUAGAUUCGCGGUUUACUUUAUCGGGACAUGGCAUGAUGACCAUGGCUGAAGUUAACAACUCUAGCCUCUACAAGCAGGAUCUCUCUCUUAAGGUCCGGGAACAUGAAGAAGAAAUUAUGCAGUUGCGGAAACAUCUCGCUGACUAUUCAGUCAAGGAAGCACAAAUACGAAAUGAGAAAUAUGUUCUAGAAAAGCGCAUUGCUUAUAUGCGAAUGGCCUUUGAUCAGCAGCAGCAAGACCUUGUUGAUGCUGCAUCUAAAGCUCUCUCCUACAGACAAGACAUAAUUGAGGAAAAUAUACGUCUUACUUAUGCAUUGCAGGCUGCAGAACAAGAAAGAUCAACGUUUGUGUCAUCUUUGCUUCCUCUUCUUGCAGAGUAUUCUCUUCAGCCACCAGUUCCUGAUGCCCAAUCCAUUGUCAGCAAUGUCAAGGUCCUGUUUAAACAUUUGCAGGAGAAGCUCAUUAUUACGGAGGCAAAACUAAAGGAGUCUCAGUAUCAGCUGGCACCCUGGCGUUCUGAUGUGAGCUCCUCAAAUUUUCCUCCUCAAUCACCAUCUUACAAAAGUGGUGUUGACUUGACCACAAAUAAAAAUGGGCUGGAACUGGUACCGCAGCCAGCCUUUUCUCAUGGAAACCUUCCAAUUACUUCUGAUACUCAUGCUGAUUGGGAUACGGUGGGACAUCAUCAGAGUGGUUUAGGUGAUGGGGCUGCAAAACAUCCAGAACCUGAUGACAGGUUGAGGUAUUCACCUCUUGCAAGCAGGGAUACUGCAUCUGAGGAUGUGCCAGGACAGCUUUCUGUUACCCAGGGUGAUUCACAUCCUCCACUUUAUAAUGAAGAGACUGCCACUAGACAGGUGACAUUUAGUGAUCCUGUCAGCAGCACUGCAAUGGAUGAUCUUGAUGGGGAGGGGCAGCAAAAUGAGAGAGAGCCUUUGGCUAACUGGGGUUCCAAAAACUCUCCUUACGCAACCACACCUGACAACCCCACUUCAUCAUAUUCUCAUUUGCCACCUGUUCUUGAAGAACCAUCUUCAUCAUUCUCCGAGGCUGGAGAUGAUGAUCUACUGCCUGCUAUAGACGGUCUCCAGAUUUCUGGUGAAGCUUUUCCUGGACGGGAACUCCAAGCAUGUGGAUACUCUAUUAAUGGAACAACGAGUUGUAACUUUGAGUGGAUGCGCCAUCUAGAAGAUGGAUCUGUAAAUUACAUAGAGGGAGCAAAGCAACCUAAUUAUCUUGUUACUGCUGAUGAUGUUGAUACAUUACUAGCUAUUGAAGUCCAGCCUCUAGAUAACAGAAAACGCAAGGGAGAACUUGUAAGGGUCUUUGCCAAUGAACAAAGAAAAAUCACUUGUGAUCCUGAAAUGCAAAAUUGCAUAGAGAAGACACUUCAUAGUGGCCAAGCUUCAUACAGGGUAUCAUUGCUGACUGGCUAUCUUGAUAUAUGGGAGCCAGCUACUCUUGUGAUCAAGAAGGACAGUUACACUAUCAAAGGUGGUGUAUCUAGUGUUGUUCAAGUAACUGAGAAGUUCUCACCAACAAUGACUGUUACUAUUCCAUUUGGACAUGUUACGGAAUUUUCUAUAAGUAGUUCUCCUGGGGUUGAGCAUAUUUUACGGGCCGAAAGCAAUCCAACGGAUGUUAGUGGUUCAAGAGAUACAAUCGUCCUCACUCUGAGAUUAUUCAUCCUAAAGGCUGGUGAUAAAAAGAGAUGGAAGAAAAGCAGGUUGUUCUUUAAGUCAUAGGACGGACAGCAUUGUUUUUGGAUCAGCAAAAGGUGUUUGUUGUAAAGAAAUGGUGGUGUUAUAAAUUGAGAGCUGGCUCAUUGAUCCACAUUCUAUCUAGUGUGGAGGUGGUGGGUGUUCUUCUAAAGAAUGGUGGUGUAUUUGUCAAUUGAGCUAAAGCACUUUGCCCGAUGCUACUCUCUUCUAUUUUGUUGUGUAUAUCGUCUGCUACUGGCUCAAAAAUAGGGUUUUGUCGUCGUGUAUAUUAUUCUGUGGCCGGCUCAAUUCGGCCCGCGUGAGUAUCAAAUGAGUUACAGUUUUGUCUUUGACCUUGCAAUAUGAGUUGAGUAGUGCAAAUAUUAAUUAGUUGCUAUUUACAGAGCGAUGGAUAUUUGAAUGUCCCGGAUAGAUUUCCCAUCAAAUGGGGGCUAAUUAUAAUCUCAUCAACGGUUGGUUUAAUUUAACCCAAGAAAAACUUGUGGUUUAACCUA